GUGAAGCUGAAUGUGAUCCAAUGCGCGAUACUGCUGGGCAUAGGUCUGCAGCACAAAACCGUUGAUGAUUUGAUCAAGGAGUUGGAUAUACCGACAAACCAAGUGCUGGCUUUAUUCAAUAAGUCAAUCCGUAAAAUGAGUGAAUAUUUGGAUGGCAUUUGUAUGCAAAAUAUUAGCAAUAAAAUAUUCGUCAAUAACAACUCGUCACAACAAGUUGAGGGUGCAAGUACAAGUGGUGCGUCGAUGCAACCGACAGCGAUUUCGCUUGAGGUUUCAGUUUUUCGUUUUCGUGUUUAUUCUGAUUUGAAAACGAAGGGAUAA